AUCGGUACUGCAGCCUAUGGCAGAGAAUUACUUAUGCAGGCUCACGUCUUUGUAUAGCUCCCAUAUAUCGCUUUCAUUUAGGGGGUAUUUUUUUUAAAUUUCAGGCUCUUUCCAAAAGUAAUAAUAGUUCGGCCCGGUCGAACUUAACUUCAUUCGUACUUGUUACCAAUUCGAUGAGUACUAUAAAAAUAACAUGAAAUAUGGGCGCGUGUAUAGAAAAGUAUAGCUCUAACCUACAUCUAAUAGAUCUAAUCUAUUAACUAUCUGAAUAUGAAAGACAUUAAUGUUGACAGUUUUUAAUUUAAAAUUGUCAAUCAAAAAACAGCAAAACUCAAAAUAAACUUCAAACAAAAUCGCAAACUCUAAUGUGUAGUUGUCUGACAACAGUAUUGGUCGUUAAGAACUCGUAACUCUGGCAUGCUGCGGCUGUUCAAUAUCAUAUCCAGUGAAAUCAGCUGUUCACGCGAAUAAAACAUUUUGUUUCAUGUCUCAAGUUGUCGGCAUAAGUCGACACUUGGGUUAACACAUUAUUAACCACAACAACAACAACCAGAAAAACCACAUUCCGCCAUGACAAAUACUGCAACAUUCCAGCCACUAACUUGGCCAGCACAGAUGGUUAAUGCCAACGAAACAUCGGUCUUGUCUACGACAACAGCACUCAAUACCUACCGACAAGAAGACAGUUCUCCAAACACAGAAGUUAACAGCAUUAACAAAACUUCUCAUCCCCAAAACACCCCCGCCGGCAAUAGUUCUCUGCUGGAUGAAGAUAAUGAAGUACUGCAAACGAUUGAAUACAUCGGCAAUGUCCUGUGCUUCUACUAUGUCCCGAUUAUUGUGGGCACCGGUUCCAUUGGCAACAUUCUGUCCGUUGUUGUCUUUUUCAAAACGAAGCUGCGCAAGUUAUCGUCGAGUUUCUAUUUGGCAGCCCUGGCCGUCAGUGAUACCUGCUUCCUGUUCGGUCUGUUUGCCCAGUGGUUGAACUUUGUCGAUGUCCACAUCUAUAAUCGGGAAUACUUCUGUCAAUUUUUUACGUUCUUCAGCAACCUGGCCUGUUUCUGUUCGGUGUGGUUUGUGGUGGCGUUCACUGUGGAGCGUUUCAUUGCGGUAAUGUAUCCCUUGAAACGUCAAACCAUGUGUACGGUGAGGCGAGCCAAAAUGGUGUUGUUGGGUCUGACAUUAUUGGGCUGUUUACACUGUGCUCCCUUUUGGAUUUCAUCGACGCCGGUCUAUUCGCCGAAAUUGGAGAUGACGAUAUGCGAUAUUAAAAACGAAUAUAAGGAUUACAUCACCCUACUCAAUUACUGGGACACCGUUGUUGUAUUUGCCGUUCCCUUUACAACCAUUGCCGUUUUGAAUACAUUUACCGGCUGUACAGUUUGGAAAUUUGCUACGGUUCGCAGAACUUUAACAAUGCAGAAAAAAACUCACCAGUUGACCAUGAUGCAUGACAUGACUGCAACGACACCUUCAACAUCGGCAGAAGCAGCUGCCGCAGCAGCAACCCCAACAACAAUGUCUUGCCGUGCAGUUACUGUCAAUACAACAGCAACCGGUGUAGGGACAGCAUCAUCAACAUCAACAACAGCAACUACAACCAAUACCAAUACAACUACAAUUACAUCAGGAUUGGAAACAUCUGUAUCAACAACAAUAACAGCAGCAGCAACAACAACAACACCCAAUACAACAGUAACAACUUAUCGCCCAACAAAUGCUAGAAGCUCCUUGAAACGACAGACAAAAAAUUCUUGUGCUGCCAACAGUGCACACGUAAAUGGAUCCGAUGAACAUAAUCAUGCUUCGCAUACAGGCCACCAAGGUGUGCAACCACAUCGCAGUAUUAUGAUCAAGAGCCAACAACAUCCUCAUCAUCAGCAUCAAAAUGCCAGCCACCAUCACCACCAGCUUCCGCAUUAUUCCCAUCUGCAAACAUCGAAAAGUAUUUCAAGUGGCAGCAUUCACCAGGGCAAUGGAAUUUAUUCCUUUACUUCGAAAAAAUCAGGAAGACGUAAUGCCACCAACUCCUCCCAGCUGAAGGUUACAAAAAUGUUGCUCAUCGUGUCCACAGUAUUUGUUUGUCUAAAUCUGCCAAGUUGUAUAAUGAGAAUAAUAACUUAUAUUGAGACACAGUCGUCAACCAACGAGAAGACCACCGUUGUCCUGCAGUAUAUUUUCCAAUUACUGUUCAUAACAAAUUUCGGCAUUAACUUUGUCCUGUAUUGUGUGAGUGGACAAAAUUUCCGGAAAGCUGUGCUAAGCAUGUUUCGUCGUGUGUCAACCGCCCAACGGGAUGGAACAACACAAAUAACAGUUUCCGAAUAUUAUCGCAACAGCGGUGCUGGUUGUGGUGUCAUAUCUGCUGCUGGCCUUUCGGGAAUGGCAGGGGCUGUUGUCUCGAGGAGCGGCAGCUGUGUGGCUGCAAGCAAUAAUGCUUCAACCCGUCGCCGCAUGAUGGCUCAUCGAAACACAUUCAAUGAAGUCCACGAACUAGAACCAUUGGGUAUGGCGGAUUAAAUCCACGAUUGGAGGAAGGUUAAAUUUUGGUUUCAGCAAGAAAUUAAAUUAAUGAAGAAUAAAAAUAUAUGAAAUACAUUAAAAACAUUAAGAAUUUAAUUAAGCGGUUCAUGGAAGUGUUUAAUUUCGCCGCCCAUGUUUAUUAAUUUUCGAAAAGAUUGUAUAUUAAAUUUAAUAAAUAGGUUGUUUCCAUGUUGUCAUUUCAAUGGUCAAAGUGAAAAAAAAAAAAUCAUAAUAAAAUGUUUACAAAUAUUUCUUAAAAAUAAGCUAGAAAGGAUGGUAACGAUAAUAAAAAAUGGGUGCCUUUUUUUGAAAUCAAAAACAGAAGAAAGUAUUUCAUAAAAAGAGGAGAAUUA